AUGCCUGUCAUCCAUGUAGAGAUUGAUCCUGAUGGAGACACUCUCAUAAUUCUCCCUCAUCCUGAACCAGAUCCUGAUGCCGAAGAGUCUGAGGACGAAGAGGAAAAUGACGAGGAACCAGAUGCCGAAAUGCCAGAUGUCGAAGAGCCUUCCCAGUCGUGCUUUAAAGUCUCGAUGAAGCAUCUCGUCCUGGCUUCGCCACGAGCAAAGAAGAUGUUUGCGGGAAACUACGCUGAAGCUCAACCGGGUACCGAUGGACUACGUCGAUGGACAUUUGAACCAAUCUUCGAUGCCAAGGCCUUUCGGAUCGUCAUGAAUGCAAUCCACGGCCAUACUCGCAAGAUGCCACGGACUAUGACACUCAGAAGGUUGGCCAAGAUCUCUGCCAUCGUUGACGAUCUGGAUUGCUCUCAAUCCUUGUGGUUCUAUGCCAAGACGUGGCUCGCUGAGUUGGAUACAUACAUGGACGAUGAUAACUUUAGAAGGUGGAUGCUCAUUUCUUUCGUAUUUGACGAGCCAGAGCUGUUCGAGUCAGCAACCACGUUUGCGAUCCGUAGAGGGGACCGACCAUUCGAUGCAUGUGGCCUCCCAAUACGUCCCAAAAUCAUUGACACAAUAGACGCCGAGAGGGAUAAGCACAUCACAAGAAUAGUCGAUGGGGUCGCAUCGCUCAUCGAGGAAGUCAAAACGAAGGAGUGCGACCCUCAGUGCAAGUCCAUGACGUUCGGUGCUUUGACACUAUAUCUUAUAUCGGCCAACCUUGUCCUUCCAUCUCCAUCUAAACCCUAUCUUGACCUGAGAUUGAGUAGGAUCUGCCAUCAGUUGAAUGAUUUUCGACUCCCACUCGCCUACCGCCCAGGCGAGUCGUUUAAGAAAAGUUGGAAGCGCUCCAAAGACUUGUGGGUUUUUCAAGAGGCCCCAUUACGAGUGUCAGAUCCUAGCCCGCCACAAGGCGUUAAUAGUCACAGCUGCGAUCUACGGGGUCUAGUCACCCGUUCGCUCUCGAGCUUAUCAGCCGCUCCCUGGGGCCUGAAUAUCUCAGACUUUCGUUAG